AACCAGAAUGUGUGUGUGUACGUGCGUUUGUGUGUGUUUGUGAGAUUUGGCUUGUCUAAUCACAGAAAAUGAAAUCAUGCUGAAUGAAGAUCAGCUGAUUUUGGUCACAGGACGUUUGGCAAGGCAUCACACACGCACAGAAUCAUUCACGCAGAACAAGACAUUUGAUAUAAAGACUUUAUAAUGCGUACUAACAACCUAAUCUUUCUUCUUUCUAUUUGCUAGCCUAUUUCUUUCUGUUUCUGAACAUUAGUUUGUAUGGACCCAUGUCAGAUGAUACUCGUGUCCAUGUUAUUGACUAACUUUAACCUCAAGGUUGUCGUAUCUGAUGCUGAGUUGACCUUUCUAUAAUUUCUAUGCUUGCAUGUGCAAAUAUUUUUUCCCUUCUUGUGUGCUGUUUCAUGUUUUCUAAGCUCAAUGUUUUUAAGUGAAUUUCUCAGGACUGGCUCUAUGUGAGGCAUCAUGUGGUGGUUUAGGCGAGGGCUCUGCGCUCUCCCCGUGGCGUUGGUUAUCUGGUCGUCUGGUACUUUACUCCUGUCGUAUGCCAUAGCAGUUGUGUUGGGUCAUGCCGACCUGAUCGUUCCAUACAUUAGUGACACUGGCACCGAGGUCCCUGAACGCUGUGUGUUUGGCUUCAUGCUCUCAAUCUCAGCUUUCUUAGGUUUGGGCACAAUGUAUGUGCGAUAUAAACAAGUUCAAGCUUUGGUUUUGGCCUCUGAGUCAGGUUUACAGCUGAUGAAUUACACGGCUCUUCUUCUGGGCAUCUUUAGCUCUGUAGGGAUGUGCGUCGUCGCCAACUUCCAGAAGACAGAUAUAAUAGCUGCACAUCUUUUGGGGGCUGGGCUAACAUUUGGCCCAGGGAUGUUGUAUAUCCUGAUUCAGAUUGGUAUAUCAUACCGCAUGCAACCACGUUUCCAUGGCAAAUAUAUUCUUGGGUCACGUACGGCUGUUGGAAUCUGGUCUCUCAUCAGCAUCGUUACAUUAUCCAUAUCCUCGGUGUUAAUGUAUGAUGCCUUGCCUGAUGUAGAUGUGGCCAAGAAAGUACACUGGCAGCCCGGAGAAAAUGGUUUCAUAGCUCAUCUUGCAAGUGCUGUAUCUGAAUGGUCUCUGGCAUUCUCCUUCAUCAGCUUCUUCCUCACGUACAUACCAGAUUUCCAGAAAAUUAAUCUGCGGGUUCAGACAAUUCUUCAAAGUAACCGUCUUCAUGACUAUCCUGACUAUGAAGGGAGAGACUGCAUGCAACAUGAUGAACGCUCACCCCUAUUGGCAGGUGCCGUAUGAAAAACUCUGCCCCCUAGUGUCACACAUCGAACACUGCAGUGGAUAUUCAGUUCAUCCUCUCACAAAUCUGAAUACUCCAGGACUGGAAAAAUGCAUUUGUAUGUGAGGCCUUAAAUUUUGGUAAGACUUGUGUAAUGUUAACCACAAAUUAACCAGUUUU